AAAAAAAAAUCAAAAAGAAAUUGAUCGUGGGGAGGGAAUGAGUAUUCAAAGCUGAGCCAAGGUUUCCUGUUGCAUGGGGCUGCAGAUAUAUAUAUAAACGAGCUUUUAAUGUGCUGGGCCAGUGUUUGCAAGCUGCUACGAGACCAGAGCGCUCCCUUAACUGCCUGAUUGCUUUCCCAGAUCCCUGAGGGUUUGAAAGCAACCACAAUGAACAAGUUCCUGUGCUGCACACUUGUGUUGUUGGACAUAUCUGUGAAAUGGACUGUCCAGGAGGACCUUCCCCCAAAGUACCUCCAUUAUGACCCAGCAACCUCCCGUCAGAUAUUGUGUGACCAGUGUCCCCCCGGAACCUACGUUGAGCAGCAUUGCACGGCUUCGUCGAAGACCGAGUGUGCCCCCUGCCCGGGUCAGUUCUACGCAGACGAAUGGAACAGCAACGAUGAGUGUCAGUACUGCAACGUGGUGUGCAAGGAGCUGCAAUACGAGAAAGUCGAAUGCAGCAGCACCCAGAACCGUGUUUGCGAGUGCAUCGAAGGACGGCACCUCGAACUGGAAUUCUGCUUGAAGCACACAGCAUGUCCGCCGGGAUAUGGCGUUGCUGAGCAAGGUACCCCUGAAAGUGACACGGUUUGCGAGAGAUGCCCAGAAGGCUAUUUCUCCAAUGAAACAUCAUCCAAGGAAGCUUGUCAAAAGCACACCAACUGCAGCGCGCUGGGUCUCAAAAUGGUGCGCAAGGGAGACUCCACACGUGACAAUGUUUGCCAGGGAGAAAAAAGUGACAAAUCAGAUCAGAAGUGUGGAAUCGAUGUGACCUUAUGUGAGGAAGCAUUCUUCAGGUUUGCCGUUCCAACAAAACUCACGCCCAGCUGGCUGAACAUGCUAAGGGAUAGUCUGCCAGGUAUAAAGGUCAACACAGAAACUACAGAAAGGCUUAAACAAAGGCACAGUCCUCAGGAACAGACCUUUCAGUUACUGAAAUUAUGGAAGGAGCAGAACAAUGGUCACACUGCGGUCAAGAACAUUAAGCAAGGUAUUGACCACUGCGAAAACAGUGUCUCAAAACACAUUGGCCACCUCAACAUCACCUUUGAGCAGCUCAGCAUCCUCAUGGAAAAUUUGCCAGGGAAGAAAGUAGGGAAGGAAGAAGUCGACCGUAUUCUGAGGCUGUGCAAAUCUUCCGAGCAGAUUCUCAAGCUUCUCAGCUUGUGGAGAGUAAAAAAUAGAGACCAAGACACCAUCAAGGGCUUGACGUAUGGGCUGAAGCAUUUGAAAACAUACCAUUUCCCCAAGACGACGAUCCAAGGCCUCCGGAAGGUGGUCAAGUUCCUCCACAGCCUCUCGAUGUACAAAUUAUACCAGAAGCUUUUCUUAGAAAUGCUAGGAAACCAGAUCCAUUUGGUGAAAGUGAGACACGCAUAGUUUUAGCUAUCCAAUAUUUCAUACUCUACUUGCUGCUAGCAAUAACGAUUUCAUUUUUGUAUGUGGAUA